AUGCAACGACCUUUCUAUGAUUCCAUUCCCUUUCCAAACACUCCACCGCCACCAUCAAUACAACCACCACAACCAAAUACACCAUCCAAACGACGAUCAUGGUUGACAGCACUUGUUCUAUUACUACUUACCAUACUCACCAUCGGCUUAUACUACUUUUUGUUCCAUCGAUCUCAUUAUCUUUAUGAUCAUUUACCAUGUCGACACGAUGACGAGGCUUUGGUACUAUUUGACCUACGCACCAACUUCAACAACCGUGGAUGGGGUAAUGCUGCUGAUAAAGCCGACUUUGAUGGUUUGGGUAAUUAUUACGACUUGGUGCAUCAAGAACAACCACACACCAUGAAGAUUGGGACAUUGGAUUUCUGCUUGCAAGUGGGUGAGCGAGUAGAUAACCUUGUGCCAUGGUCAUCAUCAUCCGAAAAAACAACUUUGAUACUCAACGAGGUUGAUCCAUCACUUUACCUUGGAGCGGUCUAUUUACUUGUGGCAGCAAACCAUGGUCCUCUUCCCAGCAUCAAGAUCACAGCUCACUAUCACGACAAUGACACACCUUUUGGAAUCGACCAUACGACCGAUUUAAGUGUGCCAGACUGGCAAGCUGGACACCUGCAUCAAAUCCGCCACAUGCAUAUGCCUUGUACAGCCAACACAGGUGCAACGGCUGCCAUGUAUGCAGUACCCAUCUAUGUUGAUCCCUCUCGAUCGCUACGUGCAUUGUCAUUACCCAACAACAAAAGAUUACAUAUUUUUGGAGCAACAGGCAUUACAGUGCCAUCAUCAUGGUCAAGCCAAGAAACGGGCUCAAGUAUCCGAAUCAUUGAUGCUCAAGCAACAUUCGACAACAUGGUCAAGGUGAGGGUGCAUAAUGUGGGUACCAAACCAGUUGGCCCUUUUCGCGUACACAUUGAACAACAUGGAUACAAAACGGUUCAAGUUUUGGCACCUGGUCAUUGGACUCAUGUUGUUUUGGCUUGUCAACCGCCUGGUGAAAGACAUAUGACGCUAAGGGUGCAUGCUGGUGGCCAAGUGGCUACUUUUCCGGUUGAGUUUCCAAGCACUAUUGAUAAGCAUGAAGCACCACAAUGGUUACAAGAUGCCAAGUUUGGGAUCUUUUUUCACUGGGGUGUCUAUUCGGUACCUGCAUGGGCCCCUGUUGGCCAAGAAUACAGCGAAUGGUAUUGGUGGCAGAUGAACAACCCGAAUGAUCCAACCUACGCCUAUCAUCGCGAUACUUUUGGUGAAGAUUUCAAUUACGAUGACUUUGUACACGCACAAGGAUUGGCAAACAAGCUCAAUACCACAUCAUGGCUUGAAUUGGUGGAUGAUGCUCAUGCACGCUAUUUUGUAUUCACAACCAAGCACCAUGAUGGAUUUGCAUUAUGGGAUACCCAUACCACCGAUCGAUCCAUUGUGAACCUUGGCCCCAAACGUGAUAUUGUCAAUGAGCUGAUUACUGCUGCUCGUCAUGAUUUUCCACAUUUGAAAACCGGGCUUUAUUUCUCCUUGCCGGAAUGGUAUCAUCCACAAUUUGAUGGCAGUGACAAAGGCUGGUCUGGUGGUCCACCCCGCAAUCCUUAUACUGGCAAAGAGAUCCCGUAUACUGGCUAUAGACCAAUCCAGGACUUUGUCAAUGAACUACAAGUACCACAAGCGCUGGAGCUUAUUGAUAACUAUCAACCUGAUAUCUUUUGGUGUGAUCAAGGUGGCUUCAACAAUUCAACAAUAUGGCAAGAACACUAUUUUGCAAAGUAUCCAGAGGUAGCUGUCAAUGAUCGAUGCGGCAACGAGUUUUCCGAUUUUUCUACAGUGGAGUAUCAUCGCUCCUCGGCUACUUCAAAUCGCUUUUGGGAAGCAACACGCGGCGUGGAUCCUUAUUCAUUUGGUUACAACCGUGCCACGCCUCUUGACAAGUAUGCAUCACCUUUGGAAUUGCUGGUUGAGCUUGUGGAUGUGGUUGCUACAGGUGGAAACCUGUUGUUGAAUGUGGGACCCGAUGAAACUGGAAGGGUGCCAGAGCCUAUGACAUCCACAUUAAGGGAUAUGGGACAUUGGAUUGCACCUCGAGCUGAAGCCAUUUUUAAUACAACUCUUUAUUGGUUGGCUCCAAAUGGACAAGACAUGGAUCAUGGCGUCCGAUUGAGAUUUACUGUUGGCCAGCAACAAUCAUUGUACAUGUUUGUCAUUGUGGAUGGUGAUAAUGGGGAGUUACCAAAAGAGUUGGUGGUAGAUGUUCCAUUACCACUACCCCUUGCACGCAUCGUCUCUCUUCCACAUCGAUAUCCUGUCACUUGGUCUAUCAAUACAAAAGGACGCUUGGUGAUCUAUAAUAUCAAAGAUGAUGAUACGGGAGGAGAUGAACACAACAUUUGGCUCUUUCAGCUUAUCACUGCUAAUCCACCUUUACCUUGGUCACAGUAG